CACUCACGAAAUGAAAGUAAGCCGUUGACGUUUUUUUUUUUUUAUUUUGGCUGAUAAUGAAUCGCUCGCUAUUAAGACACCGAUUCGCACAUAAUUUUAUCAGAAAGCACUUUAUUGCGAUGGAUUCAACUUCAAAAUUUCAGGCAGUGCAUGAUCCCGACAAAAAGGAAUUUGUGAUUCAACUCAAAGAUAACAAGAAAGGUGAUAAAGCAUUUUUACAGUACGACUACAUCACUAACAACAAAGUUGAUCUGUAUCACACUUUGGUGCCACCAUCCUACAGAGGGCAUGGAAUUGCUGGUAUCCUAGCAGAGACUGCAUUCAAACACUUCAAGGAUAAUGGGAUUAAAAUGGAAUUAACAUGCUCCUACCUUCAGCAUUAUGCUUCAAAACAUCCACCCACUUAAUCAGCUAGAAACAGUCUGUGCAAUUUCCAAAGACAGGAUAUUAGAUCUAAGGUCUUCAGAAAUUCACCCAAGAAGUGUGCAGUGGACAUGUUAAUUAAUGUUUCAUUGCUGCUAUGGAAACUGGUAUUUAAUCUGAGAUCACAUCUUGCAUGAAAAUUUGAUGCAAGCUUUAAUUGGUAUGAUUAUAUGUACCUCAUGAUUUUCAAUGAACAUUGUUCAUCAGUUGUGAUAAAAGAAUCAAACAUCAACAAUAUUUAGAAGUCUGUUUUAGUGAAAGACUUGAUUGUUUUAGUACGUUGCAAAUAAAAUAAAGCCACCAGA